CCCCAGACUCCUCCACAUCCCUCCUUCUCCCGUCUCUUCCUGCCUAUCCCAGCCCCCCUCCCCUCAGCAUUCCCGCCCAUUCUCUCCUCCCCUUGCUUUCUGCUUCCCUCUCUCUCUCUUCAACCAACACAAGGAAGCAGACACAGGGCACGGAACCGCCCGUCCCCCCUUAUACGUACCGUGAAACGGAUCUAAUUGUUAUCCUGCCCGACACCCGGCUGGAGCCAUGAGCUGGGGUACUGAGUUGUGGGACCAGUUUGAUAAUUUGGAGAAGCAUACACAGUGGGGCAUAGACUUCUUGGACAAAUAUGCAAAGUUUGUGAAAGAAAGAUUAGAGAUUGAGCAGAAUUAUGCAAAACAGCUCAGAAACCUGGUGAAGAAGUACUGCCCUAAACGUUCAGCUAAAGAUGAAGAACCCAGAUUUACCUCUUGUUUAUCUUUUUACAACAUUCUCAAUGAGCUGAAUGAUUAUGCUGGACAACGAGAGGUAGUUGCAGAAGAAAUGGGCCAUAGAGUUUAUGCUGAGAUAAUGAGAUACUCAAAUGACAUAAAAGGAGAACGGAAAUCGCAUCUUCAGGAGGGGCGCAAAGCUCAGCAAUACCUGGAUAUGUGCUUAAAACAAAUGGAUAAUAGCAAGAGGAAAUUUGAAAGAGAGUGUAGAGAGGCAGAGAAGGCUCAGCAAACCUAUGAGAGACUGGAUAAUGACAGCAAUGCCACAAAGUCUGAUGUUGAGAAGGCGAAACAGCAGCUCCAUCUGCGCACCCACAUGGCAGAUGAGAGCAAAAAUGAGUACGCUGCACAGCUCCAGAAUUACAAUGCAGAGCAACACAAACAUUUUUAUAUCGUAAUCCCACAGGUAUAUAAGCACCUCCAAGAAAUGGAUGAACGAAGAACCGUUAAGCUUAGUGAAUGUUAUAAAGGGUUUGCUGAUGCUGAGCGGAAAGUUAUACCCAUUAUUUCCAAGUGUUUAGAAGGGAUGGUUCAAGCAGCCAAGUCGGUAGAUGAGAGGAGGGACUCCCAGAUAGUGGUGGAUUGCUUCAAAUCUGGUUUUGAGCCUAAUGGAGACUAUCCCUUUGAAGACUACAGCCAGCAUAUUUACAGGACUGUGUCUGAUGGUACCAUCAGUACCCCAAAGCAAGAAUCAUUAAAGCCUGACCCCAGAGUAACAGUUGGGAAAGCCAAAGGCAAACUGUGGCUGUUUGGAAAGAAACCCAAGUGGUCAUUACGGAUGGGUCCGGCUUUGGAAGAUUUCAGCCACCUUCCCCCAGAACAACGGCGCAAGAGACUGCAGCAGAGAAUUGAUGAGCUCAGUCGAGAACUUCAGAAGGAGAUGGAUCAAAAAGACGCUCUGAAUAAAAUGAAAGAUGUCUAUGAGAAGAACCCACAGAUGGGAGAUCCAAGCAGCCUGCACCCAAAAAUAGCUGAAACCACGAGCAACAUUGAAAGGCUUCGGAUGGAAAUUCAUAAAAAUGAGGCUUGGUUAUCAGAAGUGGAAGGCAAAGUAUCCCAGAGAAGUGAGAGACGGCACAGUGCUGAAGCUAACCAUCUUGUAGCACAAGGAAGAGAGAGCCCUGAAGGAAGCUAUACUGAAGAUGCCAAUCAGGAAGGCAGAGUACAGCCUCAGCCCCAUGCUCACCCUGAGUUUGAUGACGAGUUUGAUGAUGAUGAACCUCUCCCAGCUAUCGGACACUGCAAAUCACUCUAUCCUUUUGAUGGCAAUAAUGAAGGCACCUUGGCAAUGAAAGAAGGAGAAGUUUUGUAUAUUAUAGAGGAAGAUAAAGGGGAUGGAUGGACAAGAGCAAGAAAACAAAAUGGAGAGGAAGGCUAUGUACCCACAUCCUACAUAGAUAUCACUCUAGAAAAAAACAGUAAAGGUUCCUGAAGAGGGGUUUCUGUGACUCUGGGCGAGAUGUGGAAGGCGGCUACAUGCAGCUUCUUUUAUGGGGAGGGGAUUAGGCCGGGCCCAUGUGAGAGCAGCUACAAGCAUGAGUGCAUGAUACAUGCAUACAUUGUUCACUAACUCCGUGACACCCUCAGUUUAUGUGGUGCAACAAACUGAGUGCAUAACACAAGCAGCAGUUCGUUGAAAUUUACCAUCAACUUGUCUUUAAGUGGAAUACAUACUAGUGAAUGUUAAUUAGAGGGAAUCUAUUGUUAAUACUUCAUUUCUGAUAUUUUCAUUCAGCCAUGGCAAACUUCAUUGCACUUCACUGGCUCCAAAGGUCACUUACUUGGCAGGUUUUGUAUUUGGCAAAUCCACUCUGUGACUGGUUACUAUAACAUUCAUAGUAAAGGCUUGAUCCUCCCCUAGCAGUGCUUUCUGGAUUUUGUGCCUAUAGCAGAACUAUAAACCGAGGGCAAGCAAUUGGCUGUUACCAUUCAUGUAUAAAUGUAAAAAUGUAAUGCUUUUUUAAUGUAGUUUAUAUUCUACUGCCCAACUACUGACAAUAAAUAGUGUAUAUUUUCUUUAUACUCUGUGUUAUGACAAGACACCUCAAUAUGACACAGUGUUCUUGUUUUUUUAAGAUUGAAAAGCCUUAAAAACAUUGAAAUAAUAACAACAGAUUCCCUUUUCAGCUGCAUUCAGGUGUAAAUUUGAUGUUGGAUUGGUAGUUCUUCCAUAGUUUAACUGAACUGUGACCUCCUGAGCUCUGCAGGUACCUUAACCAGAUAUUUCAGCCUCACUCUCAAUUCAUUAAGUUUUGGGCCUUUAAUCAGCUAACUUCCUAGCAUCCCAUGGAGGACACGGUGGCCUGGUUGUUCCAGAGGUUGUUGCUCAGUAGCUGGAGGAUUGCAGCUUGGACAUCCUCAUAUCAAAGCUGGUACAAUAUGCUCCUGUGGUUUUGGCUAACAGGACUUCUAGGUCCGUGGCACGCAAGGCAAGGAAAGAAAUCUCUGUUAGCAGAACUCCAGAGCUUACCCCUGUGCCACUUGCCCCAGAUAAAAAGGUUAAAUAUUUGUGGUUUAAGAAGUCAUAGUUCAGUUAACCUCCUACUUGGUUGACAGGGUAGCAAUAACAUUUGCAGCUUUAUAGAAUAUUCACUAGCAUGUUCCACCCAAUAGUAUUAUUCCCAAGGCCAGCUGCCUGCUGGGUUUUAACAUGUGAAUGUCUGCCUGUGCCAUCUCCAUUCUCGACCCUAACACUCUGUUUGCAUGUACCGGGCUUUUUGUUCUUUUUCCUCACUCCAUGGGUCUGUUGUUCUUUCCAUAGUUUGUUUUACUUCCUAUCCGCUUCUUCUCACUAAAUCUAUUCAUACCAAUGCCCACCUCUCGAGUUUUGCUGCUAUUACUGUCCAUCACUAUCAGUAACUUAUUACAUUCCAGUUCUCUCUCUGUGACAGUUUGUAUGCCUACUAUUCCUUUUCCUUUGUGCACCAUUUCUGGCAAGGGAAUUCUCUGAAAUGUGGAUCAUGUUCUCUCCCCACUCCAUUGUGAAGAUCAUUCUACACAGGGCACAUUGGCCAAAGAAUGAAGAUCUUCAUCCUUUUUUAGACCAAGUCGACUACUUUUUCCAUUCAGAUGCUGCCUUAAACUGGAGUGCCUACCACACCGAUUCACCGACAAUGAUACCAGGCAAUUAUAGCUGCCAGGUGUUUUUCCACCACCCCACUGAGAUAGCUAUCCUGCAAUUUUAAUGCAGCUAAAACUCUCAAAAUCCUCUAUUUUAAAAUCAGCUAGACUGCCAUGGUUACUAAGGCAUUUUAAUCAAUUAAAUAGAAAACCCCAUUGUGAUUUAUUGCUAGCUGUUGAAUGUGGACUCAAUGCUGGUUUCCUAACACAGAGGUUGUAACCUUUUCCACAGUGGCAGGAAUAUCUUGUGACAUCCCUGACAGCAUCUAUGGGAAAUCUGCUUUCCUGCAUGUUCAGUGAGUCACUGACCAGCUAUUAGUGCUGCCACUUGGACAUCCACAACAGGUUCCCUGUGGUCGUGUUAUGGGUUUUAGAUUCAGAACCUGCAUCUUUCCAGGUCAUGUUGCACUACGCGUCUAUUUGUUGGUGAUAUACAGUUGUAGUUUAGCAACAGGUGGAGGGACUUGGAAUAAAGCCCAUAAAACACCACCUGGAACGAAUUUGUGCUAUUCUCUUGAUCGCUUAUGGAACUGACUUGGAUACAUAGGAUGCCCCCAUUUUAUGCCAUGAAGUCCUGCCACCGGGGAGUCGUUUUGUCCUAUAAACAUUAUACAAAUAAUGGUAAUAUUUUAUAAUUGUAUGCACUUUUUUUUUGUUUUUAAUAAACAAAUUGAAUUCUGAUCUGUUUAUACAUAUAUAUAUAUUGUACAUAUAAAUGUCCACUGAGCCCACUUCAAUCACUUGUCUUUAUCAAAACUUGUGUGUGUCAAACUGCAGUAGCCAGCUUAUUGUUCCAUUGGGACGAAGUCUCAUUUAUAUCUGUUUAUUCACAGAGACUUCUGAAUCAUGGUUCAUAGUGUUAGUCUUUUGACUAGCAGUACUGUUAUGCAAUUAAAAUACAGAUUUGGAAUUGCUGCUUAAAUGGGCGGUUAAAGGGGUCAUAUUCCCUCACAUAUAAUAAUGUAAAAUUGCUCGCAGUGCUCUUCUGAAAUUCAUGCAACAUCAUGAAUGAGUAACCUGAGCGCCCCCUGCUGUUCAGACAGAACAUCUGCCAUUAUUGAAGUAGAAAGCAGCUCUUGACACUCGGUGACUGACUCAGUGUGACAGGAGUGAUGGAAGCCACAGGAAAUGGUUCUGCUGCAGUCAUUCUUGUGCAAUUCUUCUUGCUUUAACAGCCUGGGGUGUUCAGGUUACACAUUAGUUAUGUUAGGAGUUCAAAAACUGCUUAUAUAAAAUCUUUAAAAAAAAUAAAAAAUUCAAGUGUCUAGAAGAGGACUCUGCAAUGUUCCAUUGUUAUGCAUAGGCUUUAAGUCCUGUUUAAGACAAGGCAUAUAACCACUGCUACUGAAAGGUGACUAAAAAGUUUUCAGGUGCUGACGAGGAGAAAAACAAUUGGCUGUGAGCUGCAGCACUCCAAUUCAGUGUGCAUUAAGCCGGUUUUCUAUCGGCUGUGACAAUAUUUUCCCAGUGUCAUUUAGUGUUAUCUUUAAUUGUUUUCCUAUAAAAUGUACACAUUUUCUAUGUCUGACUGACUGUUCAUUUGUCAUGAAAAGGGAGGAACAUAAAUACCACUAUUAAGCUAGUGCCACAUGUAGCGUAUUCUCAGCAAGCCGAAAAACGCUUGCCGAGAAUAUGCCCCGCCACUGUAAGAUCCCCCUACUUGUGCCUGCACCAGAAAGCAUUGAAUACACUUGGGUGCAGGCACAUGUAGCCAAUAUCUCGCAUUUUUUUGCCGGAUGUCAGCUUCAUGUGCCUGCACCAAAGCUUAUUCAAUGCUUCCCGGUGCAGUGCAUUUACAAUAGUGGGGCGUGUUCUCGGCAAGCUUUUUUUUGACUUGGCAAGAAUACACUGUGUGGCAUUAGCCUUACACGGUUAGAAGGCUGGGGCUAUUUAAAUAGUUUUAAUCGAUUCUGAAUAUUGUACUCAAGGGUUAUUUAUAUAGUGUCUAUAUUGACAAAACUACAAACAUUUGUAGUUUUUUCUUUUUAUGUAAUAGUAUUUUAGUGUUGCAAAACCAUUUUGAUGCUGGAGAAGUCUGCCAUUUUUGUUUUGCCCCCACUCCCUCCCCAGUGCCAAAUAGGUUCUGUAUUAUGGUUGCAGGUUGUUUUAUUGUUUGCAGUGAAUUCAGUCGGCACCAGUGAGCAAUAAAGCAACAGAGAAAUGUUUGUGAGCACUCUAGCCAUUUGCUUUCACGCCAAACAAGGCAACACAAGUGAGUAAAUAGGCAAGUAUAAGGAAAGCCCAUUGUACUCACAGUUCUGCAGGCAUUGUUCUGUUAAGGUGGCUUGUAUUAAUACAUUUUUACCCCAGUGAAUAGUUUUUUAAAAUCCAAUGUGACAUGUUGAUUUUUAUUAUUGGUAAAUACAUUGUUUCAAAAUAGUGUUCUCUGUUGGGAAUAUUUUCAUGGAAUAAAACAAAGGAAACAUUGUAA